AAAAAAAAAAAAAAAGAACAAGGGUGUGUGGGAGGGGGCAGGGAGGAGGAAAGGAACAUAGUUGUGUGUUGUGCACCAGGUUUGUGCAAGGUGACUUAAGCAUAUUAAUCCAUUUACUCCUCCAGACGGCCUGUGAGAUACUCAGUUUUACCUGACUUCUGCAUGUUGUCAUCUCGUGUACGCCUGGUCCCCACGACAGUCCGCCUAAUCCAUUCCCUGAUCUGCAGUUCUUCCCGUUCCUUCAUGGAUCUAAAGACUCUCCUUUCCUCCUUGAAUGACUUUGCAUCCCUCUCAUUUGCUGAGAGUUGGGACAAUGUUGGAUUACUGGUGGAACCAAGCCCACCACACACUGUAAACACGCUCUUCCUAACCAAUGAUUUGACAGAAGAAGUGAUGGAGGAGGCACUGCAGAAGAAGGCAGAUCUCAUUCUCUCCUACCAUCCACCCAUUUUCCGACCUAUGAAGCGUAUCACCUGGAAAACCUGGAAAGAGCGCCUGGUGAUCCGGGCACUGGAGAACAGAGUCGGGAUCUACUCUCCUCACACGGCCUAUGAUGCUGCUCCGCAGGGAGUCAACAACUGGCUGGCUAAAGGGCUUGGAGUUUGCACCUCCAGGCCCAUCCAUGCUUCCAGAGCUCCUGACUACCCCACGGAGGGAACACACAGAGUAGAAUUCAAUGUUACCCACACCCAAGACCUGGACAAAGUCAUUUCUGCAGUGAAAGGAAUUGCAGGUGUAUCUGUCACUUCUUUUUCUGCUAGGUCUGAUGAUGAAGAACAAACACGGCUCAGUCUGAAUUGUACUCAGCAAGCUUUAAUGCAGGUGGUGGCUUUUCUUUCCCAGAACAGACAAUAUUAUCAGAAGACUGAAAUUCUGUCAUUGGAGAAGCCUCUGCUUCUACAUACUGGGAUGGGACGGUUAUGCACCCUGGAUGAGUCUGUCUCCUUGGCAACCAUGAUUGAGCAAAUCAAAAGGCACCUAAAACUGUCUCAUGUUCGCCUUGCUCUUGGAGUAGGGAAGACCUUAGAGUCCGCAGUCAAAGUCGUGGCCGUGUGUGCUGGUUCUGGGAGCAGUGUCCUUCAGGGAACAGAGGCCGAUCUCUACCUCACAGGUGAGAUGUCCCAUCAUGAUGUUCUAGAUGCUGCUUCCCAAGGAAUAAAUGUGAUCCUCUGUGAACAUAGCAACACUGAACGAGGCUUUCUUUCUGAUCUUCGAGAUAUGCUGGAUGCUUACUUGGAGAAUAAGAUUAAUAUUAUCGUGUCAGAAAUAGACAGGGACCCUCUUCAUGUGGUAUAAUGCAUGCAGGAACAACCAGAUGACACAAUCUGCAAAUCGAACGGCUCCCAGCUCAAAUGCAUCACAUGAAUCAGUGGGGUAUCCUUCUGAAAGAAUGUCUUAGAAGGUACAUUAUCAUUUCUGGUUUCUUGAUCUGCUUCACCAGAUGUUCUGUAGCUCAGAAGGUAAAAACAAUAAUAUAAUUACCAUUAAAGAACAAUUAUUAUAAAGAACAAAUUAAAGAAUAUAUUGUAUAAUAUGUAUUCAUUAUAACCUCUAGGAAAGAUGGAGUAAACCUGUUUACUUAACAUUCUUGGGAAAUAUCAGUAGCUCAAGUAAUCAUCUCCUUAGCUUAAUUAUAGAUGGGAUGUGUCAUUCUAUAUCUCUCUGUCCUUAGUUAUUUUAAAAAUAUACUUUUCCAAAAAAUAUAUAUAUAUACAUAUAAACUUUAAAACUUGGGAUUAGAACACCUGUAUAUAGGUAGUAGCCUCUGGAGGGUGAUAAGGUCUAUCUGUAUGUUUCUGUUCCUAGAUCACUAACCUCCCACCUAAAUUUCAGAAUCAGGAUGAGAUUUAUCAGGAUGAGUUUUUUGGGUUUUUUUGGCCAUGCUGUGCCACAUGCAGGAUCUUAGUUCCCCGACCAGGGAUCAAACCAGUGCCCCCUGCAGUGGAAGCAUGGCGUCUUAACCACUGGACGGCCAGGGAAGUCCCUCAGGAUGAGUUUUGCUUUUUGUUUUAAAUAUACAUGAUCAUUAUUCAUGUAAUUAUUGCUUUAUUGCUUUUUAGGUAACUCACCUGUAAUUUUAUUAGUAAUGUAUUCAAUAUAAAGAUGGUUAACUUUCAAAAUAAUGUUAGUGAGUACUUAUACAGUAUUAAUUUUGUGCCAGGCACUCUUCUAGGUGCUUUAUAAACACUUUCAAUCCUUUAUAAACAAGCAUAUAAGUAUUGUUACUCCCAUUUUACAGAUGAGGAAACUGAAACAGAGGUUAAGUAGUUUGCCCAAGGCCACGUAGCUAGGAAGUAAUGGAGUUAGUUAGGACACAAACUCAGGCAGUCUGGCUCCAGAGCCUGUGUGCUUAACUACAGUGUAUCUUAAUCAAAUACAUUGAUGACAGAACUGAUAUAAGAGGUAUGGAAGAAAUCCUGAAGGGAAAAAAAAAUCCAUUUUAACUGUGAUUUUCUCUGGGGGGUAUGAUGAGAGGUUUUUUUUUUUUAAUGUAUAUAUAUACAUUUUGGCUGCGUUGGGUCUUCAUUACUGCGCGUGGGCUUUCUCUAGUUGCGGCGAGCGGGGGCUACUCUUCGUAGCGGUGUGUGGUCUUCUCACUUCGGUGGCCUCUUUAGUUGAGGAGCACGGGCUCUAGGCACGCAGGCUUCAGUAGUUGUGGCGCACGAGCUUAGUUGCUCUGUGGCAUGUGGGAUCUUCCUGGACCAGGGAUCAAACCCAUGUCCCCUUCAUUGGCAGGCGGAUUCUUAACCACUGCGCCACCAGGGAAGUCCCCAUUUUUUCUUUUUAAUGCUUUUAUACAUAUUUCCAAUUUCUCCACUGAGCAUGUUACUAUGGUAAUGGCAAAAGCAAAUCUUUUAAAAUACUAUUUGUCUAAGAUGAGAAGCAUAGAAUUUUAUAUUUCCUUUGUAGGAUCCUCUUCCUACCAAUCUUUUUUCUCCUGGAGGCUUUGGGAUCCUAACUUAUAAAUUAUUCUUGGUGGUUCAUCUGUAAUACUGAUUCACUACAGAAAUAAUAGGAGUGAGCCUUAUGAAAUGCCCCCCAGUUAGAGUUGGAGGAGCCACCAAGAAAGGUGGGAGAACAGCUAAGUGUCAGAAGCCAGGAAGUAGAAAGCUUCAAUGAGAUGGUCAGCUUUGUCAAAGUAGAGAGAAUGAGAUGAUAGCAGCUUUGAGAGACUGUCUUAAUGGUAUUUGCUUCAUUCAUUCAUUCACUGUUCACUUUCUGUGUGCUGGGCCCAUAGAGAUGUGGGGAGGAUAGGACAGAAAUUUGGAUGACGGUUACAAUAAACUCUUAAGUAACUAUGAUAAAGAUAUGCAUAGGGUUUACAGGGGAGGUCUUCUGGGGAAAGGGGGUAGAAUUCAGUCAAGAGGGACAGCUUGAACAAGUGCACUAAGUAGAGAAACAGCACAGCACAUUGAAAAUCCCAAGGAAUUAAUUCAUGUAGACCCAAGUAAUUACUGUCAUGGUGGAAAGCGCAACGCAGGGAAGGUAUGGUCAGAGGUGAUGACAAAGAAAUAAACUGAGGCCAGUAGCUCUCAAACCCUCCUUUUUUUCUUUAUAGCACACUCAAGGUGUGAUGUGAUUUCAUCUGUAACUGACUGAUGACGGCAGUGAGGAUCUCAGUGAAGUAAUUUUAUGUUAAAUCCAGUUUCUUUACUGGCAUGCUAGCAUUUCUAAAUAAUUAAAAAUACCCCCAAACACAUCCUAUGCAGGAUUUAUUUUUAUUUUUUUCUUCCUGUGCAGUUUUUAAAAAAGUACCACUCAAGAUUAUUUACUUUCAGCUGUCAAAUUUUCUGAACUGUUAACUUUAACAUGUUGAUCGCUUAGUUGUAUACAUCAUUGCUUUCCAUACCUUUUAAUGUGUACCAGAACAUCUGGAGAUUUAGUUAAAAUGCAGAUUGAUUCAGAUGCCUGAGUAAGGGCCCAAGCAUUUCUUAAGUUCCCAGGAGAUGCUGAUGCUGCCAUUUUGAGGACCACACUUUGGGUAGCAAAAGUAAAGAUGCUAAAGGUAUUUAGGGGACCUAAAUACUUAAGACUUGAGGCCCAAGUGAUAUAUGCCAAAAUAAUGAAAAUUUGGUAAUGAGCUUUGUUAUACUCAUGCUUAAAGUUAUAUUUUCCAUAGUGUUAGUUAUUUCAAAUUUACUUUAUUCAACACAUUAAGGAUACUGUAAUUUUUAAUGCUGUUAAAACCUCAACUAGAUAUUUCACAUCACAUUUUCAUAUUCUCUCAACUGCCUAGCAUAGAGCCUUCUAAGUAAGUUCUCAGCAAACAUGAAUUAACAUGGCUUAACAGCAAUUUGAAAAAUUAAAGUAUGGGAGACUCUCCUAAGGGAGAGACAUCAAAUAAUUACAAAAAGCCUGAGAAAGUCAUUUACAUGACAGUUUAUCCCUUGGCUUUUAGGAGACACAGUCUGUGAUGAGGCAGACUCUCAUGACUCACUGUUAUAUCUGAGAGCCACUCAGGACUAAGCUGGAAGAGUCACCUCACCUCCUAGAAUGUAGGAAAAUACAUUGUGAACUUGCUACUGGCUCCAGGUUUGAAUUGGUUGGGGGGAAGAAUACAGUUGACCCUUAAACAAUGUGGGGUUUAGGAGUGCUGACCUGCACAGUAAAAAAAUCCAAGUAUAACUUAUAGUUGGCUCUCCCUGUGUAUGCUGUUUCUCUUUAUAUAUCCGUGGGUUCAACCAACCGUGGAUUGUGUAGUACUGUAGUGUUUACUAUUGGAAAAAACCUGCAUUUAAGUGGACCCACACAAUUCGAACCUGUGUUGUUCAAGGGUCAACUGUAGAUUUCUAAAGUUUUGUUAGUAAUUUUUUUUUUAAGUAAAACCUAUGCACCAUCCCUCGAACUUACUGAUCUUUUGUAUGAAUGACAUGUUCACAUAUUAAAAUGGCAAACAUGAUGCUAAGAAAGUUAAAUUUCUGGAGUAUCACAAGAACUGGUUUAGAACUCCCUGCCUAAGGAAUUCAGUAUUAUGCCAAGUUUGUAGAGUGUAACUGUCUGUCCUGCAUCCCCUGUGCCUUUUUUGGCCUAUUUUAGCCAUUUUAUUAAGAAGCAAGAAAAAUUUUUCAAGGUUUCAGGUCUGUUCAGUCUUGCGAGAAGCGAGUAACAGCAGAAGUUUGGAGCCUUAGCAAUCAAACUGAUAGAGCUGAAGCAACACUGACGUUGAAACAAGGUAACGAAGAACAUGUAAUUCUGUCAAGAUCACCAUCAGAACUGUGAGAUGCACUCAUAAAACUUUUGAAGCACUUCAAGAUAUCUUUAGUAAAAAAAACCCAGUACUAUAAAUGAAAAAAAAUGGUUAUAUCCAAAUUGGUUUCUUUAUUAAUAGUAAAGACUAUUCACACAUACUGCUUGCAAACAGUAUAGACACAAAAAUUAUAAAAAUAAACCAGUAGAUAUUUAAGGGCAAAUGCAAAGUUUGCACAUUAGGUCAUUAAAGAUUUCAUAUACUUUUUUUUUUUUUUUUUGCGGUACGCGGGCCUCACAGCUGUGGCCUCUCCCGUUGUGGAGCACAGGCUCUGGACGCGCAGGCUCAGCGGCCAUGGCUCACGGGCCCAGCCGCCCCGCGGCACGUGGGAUCUUCCCGGACCGGGGCACGAACCCGCGUCCCCUGCAUCGGCAGGCGGACUCCCCACCACUGCACCACCAGGGAAGCCCCUCAUAUACUUUUUUAUACUGUAAGUUAUAAUAAACUAAAUAUAUUAAGCAAAAAACAAAAACAAGGUGCAAACCAGCAAGCAUCAUAUGCCACCAUUUGUGUUUUUAAAAUGAGAAAUACAGACAAAUACCCUUAGAUGUGCAUAGAAUACCUUGGGAAGAAUGCUUAAACCGCUGUCAAUGGCUGCCUAAGGGACUGGAUCGGGAUGGUAAGGAAAAUCACUUUUCAUUGCAUAUCCUUUGGUACAAUUAAACAAUUUUAGAAUCCUAUUCAUGUAUAAAUUUAAAAUUUUGAUUAGUAAUUAUGCUUAAGACUAAACCCCUUAAUGCAUGGAUUUAAAAUAAAAUUACUUCAUUAUAUGACACAAAGAAAUGGUUUUAAGAAUUCUGAUCAUUUUGGGAAAUAUUUUCAUAAAAGGGGUUUACAAGAUGAGAAAUGGGUGAGAAAUGCUGAUGCAGUAUAUUACAGUGAUAUUUUAAUGAAGAAUUUCAUUUCCAAGUAUGAAAUAGUUCAGGGAGUAUGUGAAGACUAUGAGCUGACUCCAGUGGCCGAGAUUAACCUUCUUGUCUUUCCUAAGAGAAAAAAAGGCUUGAGUAUUUAAGAGGUUUGAAAUUGUCAUUUUAAGGAAAAAAACUGAAAUGUCUUACAGUGAAUUUUAGGCCUACUUGAUAGAGAAAUCAAAUUCAUUUAAGGCCAGCCAUUAAUAUGCUGCUCAUCUGCAUGUUAUUCAAGAAAAGAAAAACAUGUUGAUAUACAAGAAUAGUUAAAUUUUUAUUUUCUGUUGCCUUGAAAAAAUAACUAAAAUGAAAUUCAGGUUUGUGUUUCUCUAGCCUGGCUUCUAACUUGUAUCCUGAAGGUGACGGCACAGACAUUAAGUGUCCUGAGCAGCACGAUCUGUUACUGUUCACGUGCUUUCUGGGAUGGGCAUACACCCUAUAUACUCUUUUAUGUUUUUCCUACUCUCCCAACUGAAUGGCAUCAUGCUCCUUCUUCCUCUAUCAGCAUGUAGCCUAAAUACAAAAGGAGAAAGUUGAAUUACCUACUUUCCCCCAAUCUUACACCUUUUGUUAAGCCAUUUCAGAAACAGUAAGAGAUGAUCUGCCUUCUCUAUUAUACUCUUCAAUUCUGACACAUGGAAUAGCAAAUAAAGCCGAUUUACGUGAUGCUGCAACGUCUUUGUACUUCCACACUCUGGAACAAGCACAUUUGCAGAUAGCUCCAGGAGUGUUAAAGGCCCUCGAAAAAUUAGGAAUAUCAUCUCUGGUAUAAAAGAAUUCAAAACAUCCAGCUCCAAAUAGUCCCUGAGCACACUGUUCCUUCCAGCAAGAAGUCUCCAGAGAGGUAAUGAAUGAAAGGCACAUUUUCUCCAACUUGAGGACCACUGCAUAGUACUAGGAUGGUACAGCAGCCAGGCUAAUAAUCAAGGUUCUAAUUGAUGACAUUCCCCCUCCCAAUUUUAAAUCUUGUACAUUGGAAAAAGAGUCUAAUAUUGGAUGUAAACACAACAUUUUAGACUAGAGGAGUGGCAGCUGGGGUACAACUCUUCCACAGAAGAUUCAAGAGUACAGGAGAGCUUCAAAAUUCCUCUUCUUCCUUCUCUAAGAAAUCAGUCAAUGUUCCAUUGUCAACAGGAAUUAAUAAAUAUUCCACUCCAUCAGUUCCCUAAAAGAUGUAAGAAUACCCUGGAUGUUAGUCAUUCGUAAGAGAUAUAUUUGAAUCCUGUUGUAGGUUAAACAAAAAACUGAUUUGAUUUCAUUAAUAUUUUAUAUAAAGGUAUAAAAAUUAAGGCCAGAGGGCACACGGGCAUAUAUAUCUAUUAAAUACACUGAAUUUAUAGUUAAGCCGCUUUAUAGUGGAAAAGACUAAAGGAUGAGAAGGUGGGUAUUUUAUUUUCCACCUUCCUGCUCUUUCUAAAAUCUUAUACCACUGAUUUCUCUGUUCUUUUAGUCCCUGUUCAACUGGAUCCUUCCCAUUGGCUAUAGGUUCGGGUAUCUCCCAUUUUAAAAUAACCCUCACUAGAUUCCUCGUUCUUCUCCAUCCGUCCUAUAACCCUGGUACCUUUCCAGAAGAGUUGUCUAUAAAUGGUGGUCUCCAUUUCCUUGCUUUUCACUCAACCCAGGCCAGCCUACCUACUGCCACCAUUAUCAGGUCACCAGAAGAGCUUUUGCUUAGCCCACCAAGGAAUUCCAGUUUCCUAAAUUCAUUAUGUAUCUUCAGUCUUUGUCUUUUUGGCCUCUCGGCAGCUCCUGAGACUGCUGACCGUUAUUUUUUUUUUUGGCUGCACCACGCAGCACGUGGGAUGUGGGAUCUUAGUUCCUUGACCAGGGAUCAAACUCGUGCCCACUGUGUUGGAAGCGUGGAGUCUAAACCACUGGACCACCAGGGAAGUCCCUGACCGUUCUUUCUUAAAACACGCUUCUCUUGGCUUCUGUGACAACUUCGUUUUCUUCUUGGCUCUGUGGCUGUUUCACCUCUGCAGGCUUAUCUUCUACUUGGCCGUUAAGUGUCACACUGCUAGGCUUAGUUCUUGGCCCUCUAAUCUCACUAUAUGUCCUCCCUCUAGAUAGUCUCACCAAUGCCUGGUUUCAGUUAUAACUUAAAUAUGUAGGAAUCAUAACCUUGUAUCUCUAGCCCAGAUCUUUUCUCUGGUAUCUUGUCCCAGGAAUCCAAAUGCCUAGCUGACAUCUCUACUCGGAAAUCUCAGAAGAACCUCAAACAGAGUUAAGUCCAAACAUAUAAGACCAUGAACUCAUGCUAUGUCUCCCCCAAAAUGUUGCUCUUCCAGCUUCUCAUCCAGUGAUCCCACCACCUCUCUGGAUGUGCAAGCCAGAAACCAGGAAUCACUCUUGACACCUUCCUUUCCCUUGGCUCCCGUAUCCAAUCUAUCAUCAAUUCUUGUCAAUUUUGAAUCCAACCACUCUUCUCUCUUUACCUUAGUCCAGAUUACCAUCAGGCGGCUAACACCUUUCUAGCUGGUCUCUGUGCCUUGACUUCUGGCAAUCCCCAUCUUACCCUGCCCCAUUCCACUCUCCAUACCAUUGUCAGAACAAUUUUUUAAAUGACUCCCCAUUAUUUCAGAAUAAAGAUUAAAACCCUUUCCUUGGCCUAAAAGUCAUGCACAGUCUAGCCCUUUUCAGCCUCAUUUGUGUCAUGCUGGCUGCCUUUUGUUCUGGGGCCUCUUUACAUGCUGUUCCUGCCUAGAAUUCUCUUCCCUUCCCUGUCUGACUAGUUAUCUCCUAGUCUUCCUAGGUCUCAGCUCAGUGGUCUCUUCUGAUACCCAUAACUAGGUCAAAUCCACCUACUGUAAUAUGCUCUUUCAGAACCACGUCCCUUCUGAUCACAGGACUCACCACAGUUUAAACUUUACGUGUGUGUGAUUAUUUGGCAAAUGUCCAUCUCCUCCAUUAGACUUUAAGAUUUAUGAGAAAAGAAAUUAGGUUUUUGCUAACUUCUGUAUCCUAAUGCUUAGUGAAAUAUCUCACAUGAAGUUAGUGCUCAAUAAAUAUAGACUGGAUUAAUGAUAGGGUAGAAGGAAGACAGGGAGAAGGAAAUAGGGUUAUUUGACUCAUUUCUAAUGGCCCGUGACUCUGGACUAGAAGUCGUAAGUCUCCUGCUCUACUCUGAAGCAGAGUACUUUUACCUUCUCUCUGUCUACACAACUCAAAUGGCACACUGCCUAAAUGGAUCCUUGUGACCCAUCAGGCAACCUCAGUUUCAUAAUCAGGCAUACUUGUCCUUAAGUAAAUGAGAUACACUAAUCGUGGCACACAAUGCUACAGCAGCAAAGUCUCACCUUCUUUGUUCUUAUAAGCUUGUGGUCCCUAAAUUCAGUUAAUUGGGCCCGAAGUGUCAGAUCACUAUUGACGAGGAAUGCCUCCCGACACUGCUGGUAAAAGUCUUGAAAAGAAAGUCCUGGAGAGUUCAAAAGAUAAUGUGAACGUAAGUCAGUAUUUAAGACAUGACCCCAUAUAUGGAUACCCAUGCCGAAGAACACAGAAAAAAAGUGCUAUUACCAAAGUAUGUCAAAGCAGCCAGUAAGUGUUGAAGUAAGUAUCUCUGGAAGAAGCAAAGCUAGGGAAUACUUAGGUGUUAUGUACUGUGGCUUACAUUCCUAAAAGAGAACUGACUGGUUGAAAGCAGUCAACUGUGGCCAAGUAUGACAUAAUCCCAUGGACAGUUUUAAACAGUGUGAAUAAAGGUGACUUUUUUUUAAAGAGGGAACUAGUAAGUCAAAUGAGAGCUGAAUGAUUAUUAAAAUGUGUGUUUAAAUUUAACACAUUAUUUCACUCAAGGGGAAGAAAAUCUAAGAUGCCCAGCAUAUGAAAUAUAUGUAGUUGAAAGACACACAUCCAUAGGUGGCACAGGAAAUUUUAAAAUUAAGCUGGAUUUGUCUUUCAAUUUGUACUGGCAAACAGCCUGUUCAGCAGUGUAUCUGUAGGGCUGCUUGAAAAUUUUCGAUAUGGCAGACACGAUAUCACAGAGCAAACCAUUUAUUCACUGCUGUGAAAAACUGCAGUGCUAUUAUUAGAUUCUAGAAAAAAUAAUUUAUGGGAUGAAACAAAAAGUCACACAAUUUAAUAUCAUAAAUAUUGGAUACCAUGGGGCUUCCCUGGUGGUGCAGUGGUUAAGAAUCCACCUGCCAAUGCAGGGGACAUGGGUUCGAGCCCUGGUCCGGGAAGAUCCCACGUGCCAUGGAGCAACUAAGCCCGUGUGCCACAACUACUGAGCUUGCACUCUAGAGCCCACGAGCCACAACUACCGAGCCCACGUGCCAUAACUACUGAAGCCCGUGCGCCUAGAGCCCGUGCUCCCAAGAAGAGAAGCCACCGCAAUGAGAAGCCUGCACACCACAUAGAAGAGUAGCCCCCGCUCGCCGCAACCAGAGAAAACCUGCGCGCAGCAACGAAGACCCAAUGCAGCCAAAAAUAAAUAAAUUUAAAAAUAUAUAGUGGAUACCAAUGUAAUAAGGGUUAUCCUGGUUAUCCAGCUGAUACUUUAUUAGUAGCCUGAAAAUCCCCCUAGGGAAAAAAAAAACAAACAGAAAUUCAAAUCCACAAUGUUAACAUUCAAAGAUAACAGCUAAUAGUAAAAUACACAAAGAGUGUGAAACACCUGGCCUGUCUGUAUUACCUUCUGUUCCUUUCUCAAGGAACAUCGUAUCCUGGUCUACUUAAAAAGGAGAAGCUUUUUUAUUUCCUUUUAAAGAAAUCUAGGAGUACAGCUGACCCUUGAACAGCACGGGUUUGAACUGCGUGGGUCUACUUAUGCGUGGAUAUUUUUCAACAGUAAACACUACAGUACCACACAGCCCCCAGUGAGUUGAACCUGCGGAUGCGGAGGGACUGCGGAUAUGGAGGGCUGACUGUAAGUUAGGCAUGGAUUGACCCCCACGUUGUUCAGGGUCAACUUGUGUUUUUUUAGACUACAGGUUGGUCCACUAUAGAAAACUUGUAAUAUAUAAUAAAAACUAAAGAGGAAAAUAUUAACCCCAUAACCUUAAAAUAACAGCCACUAAUAUUUGAUGUGGAGAUCAUACGUGCAUAUGCUGCUUUCUCAAGUCUUUGUGGAACAAGGCAGUGUGAAAACAUAAAUUCAUGCAUUUACAUAUGGUACACACCAUUUUAUACCUCUCUUUUUCACUUAUUGAUUUUCCCAUGUCUUUAAAAAUUCUUCCUAAAGUUUUUAAUGUCUGCUCAUCUAUCGUACCACAAACUGACCAUUUCCCUACUGGUUUUGGAUGUUCACAUUACUUCCAAUUUUAAUUAAUAAAAAAUAUUAAUUUAUUAAAUUAAAUACAAUUAUAAAUAAAUACUCUUUCAUACUUUGGACUGUUUCUGUAAGAGUGUGUACCAAGUAGAAUUAUUGGGUUGGAAGCAGUGUUAUACAAACCAAGUUCCCCAGAAGUCCCUGGAUUUGGCAAAAAUUUUAAACCUUUUGCAUUUUCAUUUUUAUGACAGUCUAGAAGAUAAUUUCUAUAAGCAUAUUUUGGAUCAUCUGAAUGACCACUUUAUAACUAAGUACUACCACUGACUACACUGCUGAAUUUUGGUGAAGAUUUUUUGAUCAAUCACAUUCAUACCAAGUAAAGACUAAAUUACAUUGGAGUGUACGGAAUGAACCAAAAAAGCUUUGGAGACUAGCACACAGACAUUUAGGUAUGCCCAACUAAAAAAUAAUUGCAUUAGAGCAUUUACAUUGCAUGGAUUCCCAAGUUUAUAUGCAAUAACUUGCAAUAGUCCAUUAGGAGUAAGCAUAAUAGUAAAAUUAAAUGAACACUUUUUCUAUUCCCAAUUCCAUCAAAAAUUUUGAUUAGAUAUUCAUUUAAUACAUAUUUCACUAUUACUGCAAUGAUAACCUUCAAGUGUACAAAAACAGCUUUAUACAGUAACAAAAUUCACUGAAAUUAGCAUUUGAGGGUUAACAUCACAAGGGAGUCUUGUGAUGAUAAAGUUGCGUAUCUUGAUUGUGGUAGUUACACAAGGCUACACGUGACAAAACUGCACAGACCUAAACACACACACAUGCACAAAUGGGUGCACAUAUCAAUGGUGAAAUCUGAAUAAGCUCUCUGGAUUAUGCCAAUGUCAGUCUCCUAGUUUUAACACUGCACUGUGGUAUGAGUUACUGGCAGGGGGUUGGCUGGGAAAGGAAUGCUCAGGACUUGCCUCUUACGUUUCUCUGUGGCCUCCUGUGAGGCUACUCAACGCCUUUUUUCAACAGGUUAAUUAUGCAAUUUAUUUUUUCCUGGCUUAUGCUGUAUACAACUUUCCUUAACC